AUGGUAUCUGCUUAUUCAAUAGGAACUGGGAAAAGAGAUAACCCCAUUAAAAAUUUAGUUCCAGCUCCAAAUGCAUACUCCUUAAAAAAUCAUUCUACUUCUCCCCAAUGGACAAUAGGAGGCAAAGUUAGGAGGGAAAUAAGAAUAAAAUCAUGCACUCCUGGGCCAGGAUAAUAUCCUUAAAAAUCUUUAAUGAAUGGGACACCCUGUUGUACUUUUAAGGGUAGACUGAAACAAAAAGUUAUAUCUUAAUCUCCUGGGCCAGGCAAUUACAAAGAAGAUUCAUUCUUUACCAUUCAAAAAAGAAUCCCAUCAUAUAGCAUUGGUGUAAAAAUUGAUAAAAGAAUCAAAAAUUUUGGACCAGGCCCUGGAACGUAUGAUUUGAGUUAGACCCGUCUUACAACGAAUUCUAGUAAAUUUCCUAUUGAAAAAAGAAUAAAGACCAUGGAUGAUGGAGCUAGUUCACCUGGGCCAGGAUGUAUGCUCUCAUAAUUAUUUUAGAAUACGAUAUAGCAGACCUUAAUAAAUUUUCACUGCAUAAAUCAUAACCCUCAUGGGGAUUUGGAUCGAAAAACAAUUUUAAAAUGCAUUAAUCAUUGGACAUAAGUUCCCCUGGUCCUGGAAUGUACGAAUUAAAAACCAAAAUUAAAGACUUAAGAAUGUGAUAGAUCAAUACCUGGACCAGGAAAAUACUCUCCUGAUGUUUCUUUUAUUAAAUCUACAUAACCUGUCUUCAAAAUAGGCAAAGAAUCUAGGAUUACUUAAAAAAAGGUUUCCCAGGGCCCUGGACCUGGAAGAUAUUACUCUGAGUAAGCUAAAUACUUAUUCCUACUUAGAAAUUACGAUGCCAGAAGUAAGAAAAGGCAACCUUGUUACAGUUUAGGAAAAGCAAAUAGAAUUUCUAUGACUGACAAUGAAUCUUAGUUUGUGCCAGGACCGGGAGCUUAUGACAGCCCGCCUUAAAAAUUAGGCAAUAUUACAAUCAAAGGAGCAAAAGCUCAAAUGCAAUCAUAAAAAAUACCGGGACCAGGAACUUAUAAUCCUAAAGAUACAUUAUGUUACUUUUAUGAUGGCUCUGUUAAGUUUGUUAAAGAAUCAAAAUAAGUUAAAACGCUCUCUACUGAAACCUUGCCAGGACCUGGAAACUAUGAUUCUAAAAGUAUUUUAAUUGGACCAUGUUGGGGAUUUGGUAAAUCGAAUAGCAGAAAACCCAUUUAUAAUAUUAAUAACAGUCCAGGUCCUGGAGCUUAUAAUGUUCCAUCUAAAUUCGCUGAUGUUCCAAAAUAUUUAAAUUGUAAACCUAAAUUUUAAGUUUGA